AUCGAUCCUGCAAAGCGGCCGUCGAAAACGCACAGCACGUUCUCUGCUGCAGCCUUUAAUUACAUGAACUCGAUCCUCGGCAGCGGGGUCAUAGGCAUGUCCUUCGCACUGAAAGAAACCGGAAUCGGACUCGGCAUCAUGCUCCUAGUCUUCGUAGGCAUCAUCAAUGACAUCUCGCUCGUGCUCAUGGUGAAGGGUGGGAAUUUGGCAGGCGUGUCGACGUACCAGGACCUGAUGAUGUUUGCUUUCGGCCGAAAGGGUUUCUACGUACUGACAGUGCUACAGUUCAUCUACCCCAUCAUUGCAAUGAUAAGCUACAACAUCGUGAUCGGAGACACUUGGUCUCGCCUGAUGGUGCGGCUCACGAAACUACCGCCUACGCACGCUGUUUGUCGACGCGAGUUCGUCAUCGUCGUCAUGACGCUGUUAUGCACUCUGCCCAUGAGCCUGUACAGAAACAUCACCAAACUAGGAAAAAUCUCUCUUGUCUCCGUCGUUUUCCUGGUGCUCAUCCUCAUCAUCAUCGUUGCGCGCUUCGUCACGCUCGGGGAUCUCAUUGAACCGACUCCAGACGCCUGGAGUUUUGCGAAUUCCGGAAUCACGCGGGGAAUCGGAGUCAUGUCUUUCGCCUAUAUGUGUCAUCAUAAUUCCUUCCUGUUGUACAAUUCCAUGGAUGAACGAUCUUUGGAAAAAUGGGAGAAGGUGACACACAUCUCGGUUGCUGCGUCGGCUGUAUUUAUAGUCAUCUUUGGAACAUUCGGCUACGCUACUUUCACUGGGCUGACUCAAGGGGAUUUGCUGGAAAACUACUGCCAAGACGACGACUUGGUGAACGUGGCCCGAGCGAUUUUCAGCGUGACAGUCAUGAUGACGUUCCCCAUUGAAUGCUUCGUUGCGCGAGAAGUGAUCGAACGCACGUUUUGGUCGGCACACGACACCAUCACCCUGGAAGAUGGUGUCGAGAGAAUCGAGGCUGCGACACCAUGGUAUCGUCACAUGGUCAUCACUGUCGGCACGGUCGUUUUCGUGUGCAUCGUGACGCUGUUCGUGGACUGUCUCGGCGCUGUUCUGGAACUCAACGGUCUCCUCGCGGCAAUUCCGCUCGCUUACAUCCUGCCCACAGCGUGCUUCAUCCGCAUCGACUCUAGCAGUCCGCGGACGUCGAAGCUGAAACUUAUGGCCUACGUGUGCUGCGUCUUCGGGGUGCUCGUCUCCUUCGUCGGCCUCAUUAUGUUCAUCAUUGAUUACAGCUCAGACUCUGUGUCGUCUUGCUCGCACGGCACUGAAAUGCCUUAUUGCCCGCUCCCGAUUGUGUCCAGCGCGAAGACGGGCCUGGCUGCGAUGGCCAAAAAUGCUUCUCUCACCCGCACUGGGUUCGGGCGCUCU